UCGGGCAACGGUUUGAAGGGGAUCCGGGCGGGGUAGAAGGCGUGGCCAUUCGAGAACUGGUUCUAGUCAUUUGUGAGGUGGACGACCGGUGGCUCGAUGCGGCCGCUGUUGGGAUGUCGAUUGUAGUAAGUGAUUCUAUGGGUAUAGAGCCCGGGCCCAACGUGCCUCCUGUUAACGGGCUUGUGAGUAUGAUGUCGGGCCAAAUCGAGGUGGACUUUGCGAGAUGCUAUUGUUGUGGGCUUACUGAAGAGUGCACCCUAACAUACACAGAAACAAUCCGAGAAAGGUAA